ACCAUUCAAAAUGAAAUCUGGUAACUCUCUCAAGUUUUCACCUCCAUAGUAGAUCUAAGAAGGUAAUUUUGUGCAUAUCUGUGAUUUUUCUUCCAAGUUGAAAAUUGUGAAGCUCCACUUCUCCAGAUGGAGAACAAGAACAAUAAUGAGGAAAGUGAAGGUGGGGUUAACAGUUUGAGUGAAACUAAUAUGAGUGAAGCUUUAUGUAUUUGUUGUGCAUUGUGGAUGGAGAAAAUUGAUUCUAUGAUGGAAGCGAUGAAAGUAAAAGAUGAAAUGGUAGUGGAUUCUUUAGUUGAUUCUUCCCCUACACUUGAGGAUUCCAUUGCAAAGUUAGUUUCAAUGCCUAAUUUAAUUAAUGGAAGUCGUGAAAUCUGUUUUGCUUGCACUUUGAUCGAAGAUUCUCAAAGGAGAAUAAUUAGUCAUUGACUUGGAAAGUAAGUAUGGAUUGCUUCCUUCCGAAAGGACAUCCACUAUAGAGAAGUUGGGUAUAUUUCUCUAUACAUUGAGUUUAGGAGCCUCAAACCGGCAAGCGCAAGAGCGAUUUCAACAUUCUGGUGAAACCAUUAGUAGAAUUUUUAAAGAAGUCUUAGAUGCUAUGGAUGGCUUGUCAAGGGAUAUAUUAAGACCAAGAGACCCGGAAUUUAAGGAAAUUCCCUCCCAAAUUGUCAAUGAUACUCGAUAUAUGCCACAUUUUAAGGAUUGCAUUGGAGCAAUUGAUGGUACUCAUAUAGACAUAAUUGUUUCCGAGGAAGAUCAAUUGCGCUAUAGAGGAAGGAAAGGGACACCCACCGUUAACGUAUUAGCAGCUUGUGACUUUGAUUUACUUUUUACGUAUGUGUUAAGUGGGUGGGAGGGAUCUGCUCAUGAUUCUGGAAUUUUCCUCGAUACGAUCAGUAAUUCAAGUCUAAAUUUUCCAAAACCUCCUGCAGGAAAAUAUUACUUAGCUGACAAAGGAUAUCCCCAAAGAGAAGGGUAUUUGACCCCUUACCAUAAGACAAGGUAUCACCAAUCAGAAUUUCGUGGUGCAAACCCAAGAGGAGAACGAGAAAUUUUUAAUCGAGCCCAUUCCUCUUUGAGGAGUUGUAUUGAAAGGGCUUUUGGCAUUUUAAAGGCACGUUGGAAGAUACUAAAAGAACUACCAAUGUAUUCGCCACAAGAUCAAAAUCGAAUAAUUUGUGCUUCAUGUGCAUUGCAUAAUUACAUUAGAAGAAGCAACAUUCCCGACCCAGCUUUUGUGAUCAUAGACAGAGAUCCAAACUUUAUUCCUCCCGAAGUACAAGUAAAUGCUGAUAGUAAUUCCGUGCAAGAGGCUCGUCGUUUGAGUACUAACGAGAUGACAAAGGUUCGAAAUGACAUUACUACUAGUUUGAUGGAAAGUAGACGAUCUACACGUCGACGUCGUAUUUCUUAAGCAUUUGGUUUAUUUGUUUGAAUAGAUAAGUUAUUAAAAUUUAUUUUAUGUCAUUAGUUGUUUGUAACCUUAUAAUUAGACAUAAUUUGUUUUGAACAUUUUUAUUAUGCAUUUUCCUUUGCUCAGUAUUCCAUUUAAACCUCAUAAUUAGUAAAUUAGAUUAAUCCAUAAAUGGACUUCAAUACAAAAUUAAUAUACAAACUAUAAAGUUCAUCUCACAAUUUUAUUUUA